AUGAACCAGGAGCACAGGAACCAUCAUCCCAGCAGCGGACUACCACACGACCACAACCCAUCCCACCAAUCCUCAGAAGAGGACCUGCCACCCUACCCCGACCCAGAAAUAUCCUCCUGCAUCCUCGACGGCAAGCCCGGCGCAAAAAUAGCAUAUACGUAUUACCCGGCGUCGCCAUCCAAGCCGCACCGCCCAAACCCCUUCUCCAAAUCCCUCGUCGUCUUCCUGAACGGCAUGGUCCAGCCCCGAGCCGCGUGGGAACCCUCGGUGCAGAAAUUCCUAGAAAAAAGAAUAACCAACCGCCUCCCCUACCCCGCCCUCCUCACCUACGACCGCUACGGCCAGGGCGACUCCGACCGCGACCCCGACGACCCUGCGCAGGAAGGUCCUUCCCACGGCCACGACGCCAUGAGCGUCGUGCGCAGCCUGCGCCAGUUCACGCUGCAGAUCUGGAAAGAGCACCUCGACAUCUCGAACCCGACGGAAUUCCCGUGUCUCAUCUUCGUGUGCAACAGCAUCGGGUGCGCGCUGGCGCGCCUCUUCGCGCAGACGUAUCCGGGGACGGUGCUGGGCCUUCUCUUCCUCGACAGCGUCAUCGCGAACACGGAUUUCGUGUCCAUCUGGCCGGACCCCGACGCCCCGAGUUUUGAUGAAAACGUGCUCCCGCCGGGCACCCGGCCCAGCGACGUGCGCGCCGCGCGCGAGAACAUGGCAAACAUGUUCCACCCAGACGUGCCCUCCCGCGAGGGGCUCUCGCGGCGCAACCUCGCCAAGCUGCUGCCCCACGCAGACGCCCCGCGCCUGGAAGGGUACCACAGCGAGGGCCCGUACAUGACGGUCGUCGGGCACGACUGGGAGACGUUCGCGGACCAGACGGAGCAGGGCGUCAUGAAGGUUCCGAAACUGCUAACCAUGACGUAUGUGAAUCCGCUGUGGCAGAAGUACAAUGAAGGGUUGACGAAGAUCACGGAUGAGGGGAAGGCGAUUGGGCCGCUGGUCGCCGUGGGGAGUGGGCAUUUUGUGCAGGUUGAUAGUCCGGGGUUUGUGGCGGAUGAGAUGGUGAGUUUGUUGGAUCGGGUGGUGAAUCAGGUUAAGCAGAUCCAUGUGAAGGAGUAUUAG